CACCUCGCCUGGGUGUGUCCGCCCGUGGGAGCAGGUAGUGCCGCAUUUUGGGCUCAGCUUCGUGGACGAUGGCGCGCGUCGUGUCGGUGCUCUUCUUCUUGGGAUGUUGCGCGGCGCGAAACAUUUUGCCGCCGGACCCCGUGGACGCCAUCGUGGGAAAGAACGUGACGUUCCGAACCCUGCUGGACCAGCCCGCCUUCUUGGUCAUCAUCUGGAAGUUCCAAAGCGAGCGCAUCCUGACCCUCAGCCCCACAUCCGUCAACGUGAACGCGCCCUACGAGGGCCGCGUGUCCGUGGACGAGCAGAACGGCUCGCUGCACCUGAGCGCGCUCACCAAGGACGACAGCGGGGACUACAGCGUGUCCGUCGUGGCCGAGGACGGCUCCACGGAGGACGGCAAUAUCCAGCUGCGCGUCGCCGAGUCCUUGGUCAUCAGAUCCAGCGUCGCCGAGGCCGUGGAACAUAACGACACGGUGGUCCUGACCUGCACCGCCAUCGGCUCCUUCCAGAAGUUCACCUGGCUCAACGGGACCACGCCCAUCGCCGUGGACGGCAAGCGCCUGGUGCUCAAGGAGAACGACACGUCCAGCCAGCUGACCAUCGCCGGCGUUCUCCGGACCGACCUGCCGGGACCCGUCUACUGCACGGCCACAAAUAAGGUGGACACGGACAAGAGCGCCCCCUUUAGCCUCCCGGUCCACUACGGUCCCGACCCCAUCGCCCUCACGCCCGCAGACGUGCCGCGGUUCGUCCGAGCCGGCGCCGACUUUAACCUGACGUGUUCGACGCGCUCCAGCCCGGCCGCCACCAUCACGUGGUACCAGAACCAGACCAUGUUGGAGAUUGCGGGGCCCGUCCUGCCGCUGAGUGUGGUGCAGCGGCACCCCCUGUGGCAGCACAUGUCCACCUACACCUGCAGGGCCGCCAACGCCAAGACACGGCGCCAAGUCUCCUCGCGCGGCGCCCCCUUCUCCGUCAUUGAACCGGUGUUGGGCGUCAAUAUGAGCGGUCCAAGCGGCGUGCUGAUGGCGGGCAACAGCACUGCCAACCUCAGUUGCCGGGCAACAGCGGGCACAGUGAUGACCCGGACUUGGCUGAAGGACGGUAAGCCAGUGGUGGGCGGCGGGCGCGUGACGCUGGCAGCCGACGGCGGCUCAGUGAUGAUUGCGCCGCUGCAAAAGGAGGACAACGGCGAGUACCAGUGUCAGUUCGCCAACCCAGUCAGCAGCCAGAAAGCUUCGUACAAAAUGGUGGUCAUCUUUGGCCCUGAGGCGGUGGCGGUGAGCGGCAAGAGUGCGGUGGAGGUGAAGGACGCCGUGACGCUCACUUGCUCGGCUGCUUCCGUUCCCCCUGCCAACUUCACGUGGAAGUUCAACGGCACGCUGACCGAUGUCAAAACGGCGACGUACGUCAUCGGCGAGGCCGUGUACAAGAACACGGGCGCCUACAUGUGCCAGGCGCACAACGCCGUCACCGGCAAGACCGCCAUGCACACGCACAACCUGUCUGUCAAAGAGGAGGGCACACUGCAAGGUGUCCUGUCGGACGGUGCCAUCGCCGGAAUCAUCAUCGGCAUCCUGGUGGCCUUGGGCCUGGCCAUCGGCGUCAUCUUAUACUGCAGACAGAAAGUUCCGGUGGAGUCCCCGUACUAGUGAGCGUGGUGCACGCUGAUGCCGGAGGCACUGGUCCAGACCCCCCGUCUCCCUCCCCCGUCCCUGUCGACAGAAACGUAGCUCGUUUGCUGGGCUGAGCGGCUGUCAAUCAUCUGAUAUUUGCCUUCAUCACCUCACCGCCUGUUUGGCACCGCCCACAGCUGGGCAGGAUGCCCAACCAAUCCGUUACAUCGAUGAUGGACUUUGUGACUGUCUGGAAACCAGAGGACACACACACACCCUGUGGUGGGCGGACUCUAAGCCUUAUCACAUUCCAAAGAAUUUGAAAUAUAUAUUUGAUCCCGAGGAGACACACACCCUGUGGUGGGCGGAGUCUAAGCCUCGUCACAUUCCAAAAAAUUUGAAAUAUAUUUUGAUUGUU